UGAAGGCAAACAAUUAUUUCUUAUUCUAUAAAUAUUUAAAAGCAAGGCAUAUUUAAACCACCUUGGUUAAAAGCAAGCUAAUAUUGUUCUUUUUCCACAAUGAGACGACGAGCAGGAUUAGGAGCGAUACAACAGCAACAGUUUGCAGCUGAAAAAUAUAAAGAUAAAGGCACAAAUAUCCAGGAAUCGCAAUUGGAACAAAUGUCAAAACAAAUGGAGGUUUUUCGAGAGAAACUAGAAGAAUUUGCAAUUAAACAUAAACAGGAUAUUAAGAAGAAUUCUCAAUUUCGUAAGCAAUUUCAAGAAAUGUGCGCUGCCAUCGGUGUAGAUCCUUUAGCUACUGGUAAAGGUUUCUGGAGUGUUCUUGGCAUGGGAGAUUUUUAUUAUGAACUAAGUGUUCAGGUAGUGGAAGUAUGUUUAGCAUCAAAUCAUAAGACUGGCGGCCUUAUGGAAUUAAAUGAAUUAAGGAGGCGUUUAAUUGCUGCCAGAGGUCAAAGCUCAAUUCAUCAGGAAAUCACAAAUGAAGAUAUAUUAAUGGCUACGAAAAAACUUAAUAUUUUUGGUAAUGGAUUUGUUAUUCAUAAACUUGGCAAAGAUAAAUAUAUUGUACAAUCCAUACCAAGCGAAUUAAGUAUGGAAGAAACAACAAUCCUAACUGUGGCAUCUAACAACGAACAAGGUUACGUGACCCUAUCAAUAUUAAUAGAAGAAUUGGGGUGGCCCGAUUACCGUGCGCGACAAUCACUGGAAAAAGUUGUUAGUGAAGGUCUUUGUUGGAUUGAUGAUCAAGAUGACGAACGUCGAUUUUGGUUUCCCAGUUUGUUUCCAGGACGUAGCACACAAACAACAAUUAUCUAAUUUAACUUAAUAAAAUUAAUAAAACCAGUAAUCCAAACUUUCACAAAUAUUUUUAAAAAUUGCUUAAAAAGAACAUACAUGCAUUUACAAAGAAAUAAUUACAGGACCUAUUAUAUCUUCCUAUUCACUAUUGAUUUAAUGAUUUUAGCAGAAUUAUUCAAACGAACAACCAAUUAUAAAUGAGUUUAUUAAAAGGAUUAAAAUUUA